AUGGCGGUUGCGAUCUUAUACUUAUUUAUCAUCGGCCUCAUAUCUUGCACCGGCGGGAAGCCGGCUGACUCCAACUUAAACGGAAUCGAGAAUUUGGUGAAACAACUAGCCCAACAGAAAGGUAAAUUCGACAUCGCAAUCAGUCACCACGAAGACAGUCCUAAAAGUCAUCAUGAGGACAAGGCUCGCAUUACUCAGCACGUUGGUAAAUCGCGAACAAACGCAGCAUCAGACGAAAGUAACGAAAACAAAUUAACUGCCACUAACGUCCAGAGUAUUUACAAUUUACACACAAAGCCAGACAAAGUGCAACAACGACCAGAGGGCAGCACAUUGAUUCAAAGACUAUUAGGGUGCACAGACGCAUCGAAGUGCAAAAAUCUGCUACAACUUCAAAGCCGCAUUUUAGAUUACUUAAACGAUGAUAACACCAGAGACGACGAAGACAAAAACGAGUUGCGAUGUGCAGGCGAUAGGUGCGGCAGAGACGGGGAGGAUUUAGGCGACUCGAGUAUAACGGUAAGAUGUGUAGGAAACAGAUGCAGCAUUGACAACGACGAUGGAGAAAAUCUGAGAUGUGCAGGCAAUAGGUGUAACAGAGAUGAAGAAAAUGUAGGUGACUCGAGUUUAACGGUAAGAUGUGUAGGAAACAGAUGCAGUAUUGAUAAUGACGAUGGAGAAAAUUUGAGAUGUGCAGGCGAUAGAUGUAGCAAAGAUGGAGAAGGUGACUCGAGUUUAACAGUAAGAUGUGUAGGAAACAGAUGCAGUAUCGACAACGACGAUGGAGAAAAUCUGAGAUGUGCAGGAAAUGCGUGUGGCACCUCAAGAGACGAUGCGCCUUGCAAUAGUAACCAAUGUGGAAGAAAUACUGAGGAAUUGCUUCGCUGCAAUGGAAAUAGAUGCAGUAUAAGAGACGAUAAUGACCAAGAGGCCGAUAAUCUGCGGUGUUACGGAAACCGAUGCAGUCAAAACAGAGAUAGAGAUGAUUACACUGCAAGCUCUCGUAACAAUCAGUUGAGUGGAGAUAGGACUCUUGGAAGUAAGGAUUUAGAGGAUCUUCUGAAUAACAAGUAUUAUAACAUUGGAACUGCGCUGAAUGAUGUAGAAAAACUGAUUUUUGCAAAUGGCAGCCCCGCGUACAGAGAAGAUUUGACUGAAAUUGAACCCCAGUAUAACAUGAAAGAUUUGGUAGAAAAACUGUACGAACAAGGUAACUAUGACUUUAAGAUCAGUCACCACGAAGACCGGCCAGGAAAACACCAUGAAGACGUUGCACGAAUAAGUUAUCAGGCUCCAACAAAAGGACGAUAUUAUAAUAACAAUGAGAAAAACCGCCUUAGGGAUACGAAUCGAGAUUUAAAUUACAAUAAGCAAUCACUUGGUGAGAUGCAAGGCUACUACCAUCUUCUCAAAAAACUUGGAAGAACCGAUAAAGAGAACGAUAGUAAAGAUUCAGAGAAAAACUGUAUGAAAAAACUUGGAAAAUGCAUAGAAUUAAAAUGGCCUUCCCAAAAAAACACUAAUACAAGAACGCACAGAGACACCUCAGAAAGGAUCGUGGAAUAUCUAAAUGCACUUGAUGAGCAACUAGAUUUAGUUAACAAUAAUAAACAUGACGGAGACAAAACUUAUAAAAUCUACGACGUAAAUGAUAACCAAUAUCUCCGGUGUGUGGGAGAUAGAUGUAAUAGAGGAACCGACGCUUUGAAUGAUAACGACGAUGACGAAAACAACAAAUAUGGCGGUGCUGGCGAAAAUACAAAUAUUCAGCCCUGCAUUGGUCCAAGCUGCGGUAGUAAAGGACUUCAUAUCAAUGACGAUGCAUAUGAAGCCGAUAUACUCCGUUGCGCCGGGGUUAGAUGCAGUGAAUUCUACACCGAUGAUAGGGAUAACAUUGAUACCUUACGUUGUAUCAGAGACAGAUGCAUAGAACAAUUUUCAGAAUCGUUACGUUGUGUUGAAAAUAAAUGUGAUAGUAUCAGUCACAUGUCAGAAUCAGAAUCGAUAUUACGAAAUAUCGAUUCUAAUUCUGAUAGUGACAGUAGUCGCAACGACGAUGAUGAUGAUGACGAUGUUUACAGUAAUGAUGACGAUGAUAACAACAAUGUUAAUAGGAAGAUUGCUCUCACAAUAGCUAAAUUAGGAUUAAAUAAUGUACGUUGCAACGGAAACUUGUGUUAUAGGGACCGUGAUGAUAGUGAUAACUUGCGUUGUAGUGGUAAGACAUGCUCAAGAGAUAGAGAUGAUGAUGAUGAUGAUAAUAACGAUAACGAUGAUGAUGGAAUAGGAUUAGAAGGUUUGCGUUGUAUAGGUGACAGAUGCAGUUGGGACAGGGAUGAGGAUGGUGAUCAAAAUGACAAGACUAAAGUUGUUCGUUGUUCUGGAAACAGAUGCAACCGCAACAGAGACGAUGAUGGCGAUCUUGAUAGACAAGAUGAUGAAAACAAUUCCUAUACCAACAAUUCCAAAGACGAAGAUCUAUUUCCUCAAGUAGAUAUUCUUCUAACAAAUGUUCUUGCGAGCUGCACCCGCGAUUACUACGAGGACAGAUUAAAGACAUUGGUACACACACUGUCAAAGCAACGAAGCAAAUAUGGUUUUAACUUUAAACACAUCGACAAUAAAAUCCCAAGAAACAGCGACCAAGAACCGAAUUCAGAGUACAAUAACAUUGCACAGGAGGAAAACAUACCAGCUGAUAAUAACAAUGAAGUAAAUAGCCCGCUACAAGCAUUCAAUAUGUUGUUGGGAAUGCAAAAGACUGUGAAAACUCCUUUCGAAGGUAAUACAUUGCCUAAACCUAUUUUAAGAAUGGGUCGUAAAAAACCCAAAGCGUAUAAAUGCAGACCAGCUACUUGUGGAUUUACUACUCCUAAACCUGACAAUGAAGAGGAUGAUGAUGAAUGUGGAAAUUAUUAUGAUGGCAAGGAAAUUACGAGGACAAGAAAACCUAGUGUGCACGAUGAUAUUGUAGAAAUAAUCAGGCUGUUGAUAAAAGUUGAUAAUGAAGUUACUGGGUAUGAAAAGCUUGGUGUCCCGGGAAGGAUCGGAUACAGCACAGCUAAGGAAUAUCUUCGGUACUCGUAA